UUGGAAUGAGGUCGUGGACGAGAAGUGCAUCAAGCUAGCAGGACGACGGGGCCGUCUCGCACCGGAAGCGUGGUCCUCGCAGAAAGCCUCGCUGUCACCGGGUGGGUCGACGGUUGUCUUAUUUUGAAAAUCCCCAAACCAGAAAGCGGCUCGCGGCUCGUGGCUCGUGCUAGCUUAACACAACUGCUAGCCAGCAGGCGGAGAGAGGAUCGGCAUCUCAAAAAAAAAAAAAAAAGAAGCGACUUGGAAAAACUACUUAACGCUCAUAAUCUUGGUGGCUGUGAGAGGAUACCAGCAUGAGCCAGGAGUCGCUGGAGUCUGACGGAGACUCUGCUCAGGAUGUGUCUGACUUCAACUGGGAUGAUUAUUUGGAGGAAACCGGUGCUGCUUCUGUACCCCAUCACGCCUUCAAACAUGUGGACCAGGGUCUGCAGACAGGCUUGACUCCAGGCAUGAAGUUAGAGGUGUGUGUACGCUCGGAGGCUGACGGUCCUUAUUGGGUAGCCAGUAUCAUCACUACAUGUGGCCAGCUGCUGCUGCUCCGCUAUGAAGGAUACCAGGAUAACCGCAGUGCUGACUUCUGGUGUGACAUCAUGACCGCUGACCUACACCCGCUAGGCUGGAGCCGCCAGCAUGGCAAGACCAUGAGAGCCCCAGAGGGUGUGCGUGAAAAGCGCCAGGACUGGGAGGCUUUGCUGGAGAAAGUACUGGCCGAGGAGUGCAGCGCGCCUGCCAGCCUGCUGGAAACGCCUCAGCGUGGUCGAGACCCAAUGGAGCUGCUGAGCGCCGGGUGCUAUGUGGAGCUGCAGGACAGUGUUGACCCGGGGCUGGCUUGGGCUGCAGAGAUCGAGGAGAACGUCGGAGGAAGGCUGAAGCUGCGGCUAUUCGGCACCGAGGGUCUACCGGACACACCCGCAACCCUCUGGCUCUUUUACCUCCACCCACGCCUCCACCCACCCGGCUGGGCUCAAGAGCAUGCCUGCACCCUCAGGCCUCCUUCCGGACUGAUGGCCCUGCGAACAGAGGAAGAGUGGGAGGAGGUGAGGCAGAGGAUCAUUGACCUGCCUCAGGAUGAAGCUCUGACAGCAGAGCUCAGUAAGGACCAGCCUGUCAUCGCUGCGCAUUGUUUCAAAGAAGGAAUGAAAUUAGAAGCGGUGGACCCUGCCGCUCCUAUAUCGAUCAGGCCCGCCACUGUCGCCAAGGUGUAUAAUAAGCUAUUCUUCCUGGUGACAAUGGAUGACCUUUGUGGCAUUGAGGAGACUGAAGGUUCUGGGCGGUCUUUCCUGUGCCACAGAAACAGUCCUGGGAUCUUUCCUGCACAGUGGAGUCUCAAAAAUGGACUCCCCCUUAGCCCACCACCAGGGUACCAGGGUCCAGACUUCGACUGGGCAGAUUACCUGAAACACUGUGAAGCCGAGGCAGCUCCUCAACACUGUUUCCCAAAUGAGACGUCCGAACACAGCUUCAAAGAGUCCAUGAAACUGGAGGCUGUCAACCUGCUGUCCCCAGAGAACAUCCACGUGGCAACAGUCACCAGGGUCAAAGGGCAAUACAUUUGGCUCAGCCUGGAAGGACUCAAGCAGCCCAUGCCGGAGUUGAUAGUUCAUGUGGAUUCUUUGGACAUUUUUCCGGUCAGCUGGUGUGAGACAAUUGGCUAUCCUCUUGUGUACCCUAUUAAGCCUGCAGUGGAGAAUGUGAGAAAGAUUGCUGUGGUGCAGCCUGAGAAACACAGAGCUCCACCAAAGUCGUCGUCACCUGACAAUGUAAAGCAGCAGAUGGUUAACCACCCAGAGGCUGGACAGGGGAACGGGAAAUACUGCUGUCCCAAGAUCUACUUCAACCAUCGCUGUUUCUCUGGGCCAUACCUAAAUAAGGGACGGAUUGCUGAGUUGCCACAGUUCAUCGGACCUGGAAACUGUGUCCUUGUGCUUAAAGAGGUUUUGACUCUGCUCAUUAAUUCUGCAUACAAGCCGAGCCGCGUGUUGAGGGAGCUGCAGCUGGAUCAGGAGAGUCGCUGGCAAGGCCAUGGAGAGACUCUCAAGGCCAAAUACAAGGGAAAGAGCUACCGAGCCACUUUGGAAAUAGUUCGCACUGCAGAUUGCGUGGCUGACUUCUGCAGGAACACCUGCAUUAAGUUAGAGUGCUGCCCAAACCUGUUUGGACCUCGCAUGGUUCUGGAACGCUGCUCGGAGAACUGCUCUGUCCUCACCAAGACCAAAUACACAUAUUACUACGGAAAAAAGAAGAGUAAACGUGUCGGCCGCCCGCCUGGAGGUCACACCAACCUCGAGCCUGGAGUGAAAAGGAGAGGCAGAAGGAGGAAGAGGAGGAAGCAGCUUUUCGUCCAUAAAAAACGGCGCUCUUCAGCCUCUGUUGAUAACACGCCUGCUGGGUCUCCACAGGGCAGUGGUGAGGAAGAAGAUCUUGAUGAAGAUGACUCCCUGAGUGAAGACUCCGGCUCCGAACUGCAAGAUGAUCUCCAGGAUGAUUCCGAGCAGUCGGUAGAAAAGUCUCAGCCCACCACACCAUCGCCGUCCCCUCCUGCAACGCCCAGACCCACACGGCGGCGCCGGAAACCCCGCUCGCCCUCGUUCUCCGAUGACGAGAACCAUCCCCCAUCACCAAAGACGUCCAGAACAGAACCUCCCCAAAAGUUGUGUUUGGACACCAGCCCUCUGGAGUGGAGCGUUACUGAUGUGGUCCGUUUCAUCAGGACAACUGACUGCGCACCUCUCGCACGCAUUUUUAUGGAUCAAGAAAUCGACGGCCAGGCUCUCCUGCUGCUGAACCUGCCAACUGUGCAAGAGUGUAUGGACCUGAAACUGGGGCCGGCCAUCAAGCUGUGCCACCACAUCGAGAGGGUCAAACUGGCAUUUUAUCAACAGUUUGCCACGUAGCUGAAGGACAACGAACAAAAGACUUAAGUAAAACUAAAAAAAAACAAAACACUGUAAUAAUGUCCCAUUUUGACAUUUCCUACACUGGACACCUUUUCGAAUCCUCUACGUUGUGUUGGAAAAGAGUAGAGAGGAGAUCGAUGGAAAAAGUACAUUAAGAUUUUUGGUGUGAAAGAAAUCUGCACAGGGUUAAUAAAACACUUCAGGUCCAGGCACAAAUAGGGAUGCAACGAUUAAUCGCCUUUACUAUUAAGUGUGAUUAGAAAUGGCACAUUUAUUUAAUCGCAAAGGCUUCAUUACGCUGUAAGUCCUCCUCACUUGGACAUUAUGCUAGUACGUUAAUUUCGGCACAACCUGCACGGAACGUUGACAAAGUUACACCAGGCACUUACACGCACCUGUCUAUCUACAACCAGGUAUAGAUGAGAUAUAAUUAUGUGCAUUUCAGUUAUUAAUAACACAACAUAAAAUAGAUUAUUAAAAAUAGGACUUAAUUUGUCCAAUUUUGAUUAUAAUGAUACAAUUAUUAAUUAAUUAAUUUGCUUAUUAACAAUAUUGGUUGUUAGAAAUUUAAUAUUUUGUACUGGUAUUCUAGUGUUAAUAUUUUUUUUCUGUUAUUUCAAUCUCUGGAAGGUUUGGGAUUUUAUACAUAUUUUUGUUGUGAAAUUAAUCAAUGCAUAACAAUCCUCAAACUGUGAUUACUACUCAGACCAUAACUGUACAGUAUAAAUUCAUAAUCGUUGCAUCCCUAGGCACAAGUGAGGACUGAAAUUAAGAGUUUCCCUGUAGCCUUAGAAUAAGUUUAAAAACCUUUAUUAACUCUCAAGUGUGUUUUGACUCCAAGGUAAUGCAUUUGAACUUUUACAUUUUUGAAAGAAGGCUCAUUAUUUUAUUUGUGUCUAGAGUGCUCCAAAUCAUCCCAUUUUUUUUUUUAAUUCUUACCAAAAUAUAUUGUCUUAUGUGCAAGGAAAGGAAAUGUUAUUGCCUCUUAUUGUGGUACAUUCACAGAUUCACUCGUCAACUGUACAGAUAUUUGGUGAGGAGAUUUGUGUAUAUACCAUAAGUCAUGGCCAGCACUUGAAAAUAGUCAAUCACCUUAAAUUAAAAAAAAUACAAGUUUCACCUCUUAAGUCAUACUUGCCAACCCUCCCGAAUUUUCCGGGAGACUCCCGAAAUUCAGCGCCUCUCCCGAAAACCUUCCGGGAUAAAUGUUCUCCCGAAAAUCUCCCGAUUUUCAGCCGGAGCUGGAGGCCAUGCUCCCUUCAGCUCCAUGCGAACCUGAGUAAGGACAGCCUUUUUUCACGACGGGAGGACAACAGAACAGUUCAACAAGAACUAAAUCAUCCAGACUAGAGAUAAAUUGUAUUAUUAUGUUUAUCUUACCUAAAAAUAAAUAUAUUUAUUAAUUUAAAAAAAAAAAAAAAUGUUUACUGUAUUUUGCUAAAAACAUCAAAAUUAAUUGUAUUUUUAUUUGUAUUUUUUCUGACUCCUUAUUACAUCCAGCCAUAGAAUUCCACAUUAAAAUAAACAUAUUUGAAAUAAUUAGUUUUAAUGAUCAUAAUAAUUCCUUUAAAAUGACCAUAUUUAAUUAUUAAAAUAAUUGCUUGUUUUUCAACAACUCUAGCAUUUUAUUCAUUACAUUUUAAAGCUCUCAGAAGCCAAGUUAUGUUAUAUUCCUUAAGAUUUAUUCAUGCAAGUUUGAAGUAUCAAUUAUCUAAACACAAUACUUGACUUGGUGAAUUCUAGCUGUCAAUAUACUCCUCCCCUCUUAACCACGCCCCUCACCCCCACCCCCACCCCCACCUCCCGAAAUCGGAGGUCUCAAGGUUGGCAAGUAUGUCUUAAGUGAAACAUGUUUGACACUUAAAACUGCAUUUGGACACAUAUUAAUCCCAGUAAGAUGAUUUUCCCCUCCAAAAAGGUUGUUUUAUAAUACAAAGACACUGAAGUGCAGGCACAAGGGACGACAUUGUGACUGCAUGGUUGUAUAUAUUGUAUAUGUACGGGAAUAUCUUUAGCGUAACAGGGUAAUUCAAGAAAAAAUUAUUCAGCAAAAUACUCUAAGCAAUGUGAAAAUGCUCUAAAUAUUCUCAAUAUUUGCACAGAUUCAUAUGAACUAUUGCAAUGAUUAAACAGUUGUUGACAUGGAGGAAUAUUCAGGUAAAUAUUGGAGCCAAUUCAUGCCAUAAUUUAUUGUUUAAAUACCUCAAUGUGAGGAAAAAAAUAAUAAAAUGAAAGAUUCAAAGCAAAUAGAUACUGUGUAGAAUGAAAAAAGGUUGACUCAUUGAAUUCUUGUAGUGUAAUUCACUGUAAUGUUAUGUUGUGUAUGCAAAAAAAAAACCUGUAGAUUAUCUUGUUCUCACCUUUGUCGUUACAAAUAUUACAUUUUUAUUUCUUGUUUAAAAAAACAAACAAACAAAACACUGCAAUAAAA